AUGGACGCCAUCAAGAAGUUAGCCGAUGGCAAUAGGAGCAUGCAAGGAGAACUACAGGAAAUGCUGAACCUUAUAGAGAAGAGCAGGGCACGACUGAAUCGACUCAGAAAAUCGCUAACUGCUGCCCCUGCAAAACACUUGUCAUGUGGCGAUAACAGUAAAUCUACUCACUUAGAAUCUAAUGUACAGCAUUCCGAAGGAAGUCCCUUGAUGCAAAGUAACCCUGUUCCAGACCCUGUUCUUACAGGAGUAACCAAAAGAAUUACCGUCAACGGAGUUCCUCAAGUUUCAUAUAUGAAACUUGAGGAAUUUGAAUCCAUUCCUUAUUAUCUACGAGGCAGGCUGCGUAUUGAAACAAUUAAUGAUUUUAUUGAGCUGAUCAAUAACGCUGCUUACUAUAAAUACAAGCUAUUGAAAUUUCCUAGGCACGAAGUGCCCAGAUACAAACUACACGAAUAUAGCGAGUACAAAAGGUUGGAGGCGGAUAAUGAAAAUGGUGUUAAAUUUAUAAUGUCCAGUGACAUUGGUGUGAAUCCUCUCGAUAAGCAGACGAAAACAUUUUUUGCCAUGUUACGCCAUGUAAAGCGGAUUAAGGAAAUAAGAAAUGGAGGGGUAACAAAAAUCUGUUUUCUUUAA